AUGAUAGAACAAAUGAGUUGUGAAUUUUCAAAUCAAUAUUGGAAGUAUGUUGAUGGCUAUGAGUUAAUAGAUUUGUAUGUUGAGCAUAAGAUUAGUGAAUCUGACAUUGUAGAUGAGGCGGAAAUAUGGCAUGACAUAAUUUUUAAUGAUGAUGAAGUUCAUUGUACUGCUGAGAAGUUUGUUGAAGUGGAUGAUGAAGUUGAGAUAGAUGGUGAAGUUGAAGUGGAUAAUAAAGUGGAAGUAGAUGAUAAAUUUGAAGUGGAUAAUAAAGUAGAAGUAGAUGAUGAACUUGAAGUGUAUAAUGAAAUUGAAGUAGAGGAUGAAGUAGAUGAUGGUGAGGAGAGUGAGCAUGAGUUAGAUUAG